AGCUGGCUUGGCAUCUGGGAGCGCCCUGGAGUUAGUAUUGAGGCGUCCUUUUUAUACACUCGGUUUUCUCUCUGUGCUAUGGGAGAUGUCAAAGAAUCAACAAUGCAGAUAACACCGGAAACUCCAGGAAGGAUCCCUGUUUUAAAUCCUUUUGAAAGUCCUAGUGAUUAUUCUAAUCUCCAUGAACAAACUCUUGCCAGUCCUUCUGUUUUUAAAUCAACAAAAUUACCAACUCCAGGGCAAUUUAGAUGGUCUAUUGAUCAACUAGCUGUAAUAAAUCCUGUAGAAAUAGAUCCAGAAGAUAUUCAUCGUCAAGCUUUAUACUUAAGUCAUUCUCGACUAGAUAAAGAUGUGGAAGACAAAAGACAAAAAGCCAUCGAAGAGUUUUUCACUAAAGAUGUCCUCGUACCUUCUCCUUGGACUGAACAUGAAGGGAAACAGCUUUCAGAGUGCCAUUCCAGUAAAUGCAUUAAAAGUGAUUCUCCAGCUGGAAAAAAGUUGAGCAUUUAUUCUGAGAAAUGCAAUGCUGCUUGUCAGACAUUGCUGUCUCUUCCUGUGGAUUUUAAUCUAGAGAAAAUAUUAGGUGACUAUUUUAGAGCUGAUGAAUUUGCAGAUCAGUCUCCUGGAAACCUCAGCUCUUCAUCUCUCAGAAGAAAGCUCUUUUUUGAUGGAAACAGAAGCAUCUCUGAAUCUUUACCUUCAGCUUCUCCCAGAAGUCCUCAUAGCAGUGCUCAGGCCUCAGUUGAAGUUUAUUAUUCAAUAGAUUUAUCUCCUGUACAGUGUAGGAGCCCUGUACAGACACCAGGUUCGGGGCAGUUUUCUUCUAGCCCCAUUAAGGCUAGUGCAAAAAAAUAGAGUGUGGGAAGUAUAACCAGCCCUUCACCUGUUUCUUCACCUGCUUUCUCGCCAGUUGCAUUUCACAUAGGAAAGACCCCACUCUCAGAACAAAGGAAGUUUACUUUUCAUUCUCCUGAUGCUUCAUCUGGAACAAAUUCUAAUGGAAUUACUAAUAAGUUUAUCAGAAGUCCUUAUAUAGAUGGCUGCUCACCGAUUAAAAAUUGGUCUCCCAUGAGACUCGAGAUGUGUAGCAGUGGUACGCAGUACGAGACCUCACUGAUCCACAUUCCCUUUACUCUUGAGACUCACGAUGAAGAUACAGAAGAUAAAGAGGACAUUUCUUCCACAGAUAUUUCAUCAGCAGGCAUGGGUGCUGCUGAAAUACACCUACGGCAAUUGAAUCGUGACGCUUCUACACACGGCACACGUUUAGUUGUGACUGCCAUGUCUAUUACACAAAAUCAGUCCAGUGCUUCUGAGAAAGAAUUAGCACCACUGCGGGAUGUUGAAAGCAAGAAGGAGAGCAACACUGUGGAUAUGGUUGAGCCUAUAGAGCUAGGAGAUGAGAGCUCUUGGAUCAAGGGGCUGGUUGAAAACAGGAGUUUACCCAUGACUGAUUUUGUGAGCGGACUUUCCUUCAGUAUUGAAAACUCUAACAUGUGCAUGUCACCUCUUGCUGAAAACUGUGUCAUUCCCUGUGAAAGCACUAACAUUCAGCAAGAACACAACCCAGGUGUUGAUGAAAAGAGCAAGUCCUUCUCGGCAGCAGUCCUUAGAAUACCUCUACCAGAACCAAAGACUGUCCCAGAAGAGCCCCUCCUGUGUUUUUAUGCACAGCAAUAAUGUGAUUUGGAAAGAGAUGGUUUAAGUGACAUGCUUAGCUUUCUUCCCCUCCUUAAUGUGAAAAAUCAAGAGCUUAAUUUAGCCACAAGGAACAGCACAAAAGCUCCUGGAACUUCAAAUUACUGAAUUACAAGUUUAUUUUUCACCAUUUUUACGCUUACCCUGACUGAUGUGUUGUGACCAACCCUAUCGUCCCUAUCCUGUGGGGUCCGUGACCUGUUAACCCUGACUGACAGCACUGAAUUCAGUUCUGAGAACAUGUGACGAUACAUAAAAACUAAAGGCAUAUUGUGCAUUAAAAAACUUGUCAAUGGACAAAUCAUAACCUAUGUGAAAGAAAUGUUUAGAUUCAAAACAAACAUAUUGAAAAGGUAAAAGGAAGUUAAACGGGUUUCCUAAAAUUUUAGUUCUUGAACUAUUUGUUCAUUUCUGUGGAGGAAAUUUAGUACCAGUUAGUGAUAACUGCUCUAGGUACUAUUCUUAAACCUGUUAAUGCUAGACAGGUAGUACUGGCAGCAACAUCACGUGUAUUGUGAUCUGUGGGAUAAAUGUGUGGUGCCCAGAAUGAAACGUACCUCCAUCCCUAGAGUAGGGACAUUCAUUCCAGCUCAAACAUGGCUAAGAGGAGGAAUAACCAGGAGAAACAAUGAGGACUGGGGGAUGCUGGAGUUCAUGGAGACCUGGGGGAUACUGGAGUUUGUGUAGAGCUUAGAUAUAAUAGUCGGGGGACAUGUGAGUUCAAUCACUGUGACUAUUUUUGUAAACUUAUAUCUGCGUUGGGAGCAGAUGCAUAUAUAUAUAACAUGCUUGGAAAUUUUCUUGGAGAACGUCUAUGUUUACAAACCAUCUUUUAAACUGUGUCCUUCAAAAGGAAAUAAAGCAUUUGUAGCCCU